GUAUCAAGAUUGGUAAUAUUACACGAAGAAGCUGAAGAUGGGAAUGCUAUGCCCGACCUUACACGCCCAGUCGGGGCUGUUUCGCGUGCUGUCGACAAUCUCAUCAAAGUCGGUUACGAUACUUGCCAUUCAUCAGACGAUCGCAUCCUGCAAGAUGAUAUGCCACCAGCUCUUCAAAGAGUUGAGGCUAGCUCACGUCUUCUGGAAGAUGCGUGUCAUAUGCUCAAAUCAGAUCCCUACUCAGGACCGGCCCGGAAGAAAUUGAUCGAAGGUGCACGUGGUAUCUUGCAAGGAACAUCUGCUUUGUUGCUUUGCUUCGACGAAUCAGAAGUGAGAAAAAUCAUCCGCGGAUGCCGUAAGGUACUCGACUAUCUGGCAGUCACUGAGGUCAUCGAAAGUAUGGACGAUUUGGCGCAGUUCGUCAAGGAUAUCAGCCCAUGGUUGACUCGUGUUGCACGCGAUGUCGAUGGACGAGAGAAGGAACUGACCCAUCAAGUGCAUCGUGAAAUAUUAAUCAGAUGUAUGGACACUAUCAAAACACUCUCGCCAAUCAUGAUAUGCGCCAUGAAAAUCUUCACCCAGAUCACCGAACAGUCACAACGCGGUCAGCAAGAAGCUGCCGAGAAUCGAAAUUAUCUUUCGCAACGAAUGAUCGAUGAAAUGAACGAAAUCAUUCGUGUUCUCCAACUGACCACAUACGACGAGGAUGAGUGGGACAGUGACAAUGUUACGGUAAUGCGUAAAGCGUUGAGUGCCGCACAGUCUUUACUAACGGCCGCACUUGAUUGGUUGGCAGAUCCGCGUGGACGUCCUGGUGCGAUUGGUGAGAAGUCGAUCCGUCGUAUCGCGGAGUAUGCGGAACGAAUUGCGGCACGGGCAUUGCCCGAAGACUCGAGAACGAUUCGUCGCGCCGUUAGUGAUAUAUGCUCGAUGACCGAUUCGAUUUGUGAGAUCCGCAAUACGGGUGGAGAUAAUGCCGCGUUGGCAGCUGGUUGUGCGAGUAAACUGAAAGAGUUAGUUGGUACCAAAGAAAUAUCUGGUCUCUUGCCGGGUGCUCUCGAGAACACUCAACGUACCGGCGGGGCGCAUCCGGCACCUACGGUAGCAGGACGUUUGGAACAAGCAAUGCGAUGGCUGGACAAUCCCGGUGUGGAUGACAAUGGGCUUGGUUUACAAGCUGUCAAAGCAAUGACCGAUGAGGGCAGGAAGUUGGCCGAUCUGUUGCCACCAGCCGAACGAGCUCGCCUGCUCGGUCUUUGCGCAGAUGUUGAUAGACUUGCAAAUCAACUGGCUGACCUGGAGCGUCGCGGUCUUGGAAAUACACCUGAAGCGAAUGCGAUCCGUAACCAACUGAGGAAUAAACUUCGAGAACUCGCCGACUUCAUGAAGAAAAUGCUCACGGAUAAGGUUGUCGAAGAUUUUGCCGACAUAAGCACACCGCUGAAGCAGUUUGUUGAUGCUGUCUACGCACCGUUCAACAUGCCGAAUCGUGAACGUAACUUCGAGGAUAAGGCAGUCAAUCUCGACGAACACACAGCCAAAUGCACGUCCACAGCGCUCAUGGUUGCCAAAUGCGGUCCUUGUAAGAACAAGAAAACCGUUGAGGCAAUCAUUGACACUGCCAACCAUGUAAACGCGAUGACUCCUCAGAUGAUAAAUGCGGGCAAGAUCCGACUGCAUAACGAUUCAGAGACUGUCACACAACAUUUCGAGAAUCUUCGGCGUGAAUUCUCGGAUGCGUUGACGCGUCUUCGAUCGAAUGUUGACGACGCGAUCGAUACGGCAGACUUCAUUCGUGCAUCGGAAGAUGCAAUGCGACGCUAUACGAACAACUGCGAGAAUGCGAUACAAGCGAAUGAACCGCAGAAUAUGGUCGAUAAUACGUCACAAAUCGCGAGACUCGGUAAUCGUGUGCUGAUGACGGCCAAAAAUGAGGCUGACAACUCGGAAGAACCGAAUUUCGUCGACAGAGUCAAUAAUGCCGCGCAACAAUUGCAUUCGGCAAUUCCACCAAUGGUCAACCAUGCAAAACAAGUUGCACUCAAUCCGUAUCAUCAAGGAAACGCUCAAAAUUGGCGUGAUGCUAACGAUUCUCUGCUCCAACGUGUUCGUCAAGUUGGUGAUGCGAUAAGCGGACAGCCGUCCAUCUCAACCCCGAAUCAAACGAUUUUACUCGAAUCGGUUGCGCCGCGUCCUCCGGUCUCGCCCGUUACGCAUGAUCGUUUCGUGAUCCGUGAGGAGAUCCCUGCUCCACCUCGUCCGCCACCACCUGUCGAAAUAAGUCCUCCUCCCCGACCACCGUUGCCUCCGGAGACUGACGAUGAAGAAGAAACACGCGCCUUCUGGGAACGUUACCCACUGCCCGGAGCCACGAAUCAACCCAUAUUAAGCGCUGCGCAUAAUCUCCAUGAGGAACUGAGACAGUGGUCAUCACAUGAAAACGAUAUAGUUGCGGCAGCUAAGCGUAUGGCUAUUUUGAUGGCACGUUUGAGUCAGUUGGUUCGAGGGGAGGGUGGUAACAAGAGGGAUUUGAUCGACUGCGCGAAAGCAAUUGCCGAUUCAAGUGAAGAGGUGACAAGACUGGCCGUACAGCUGGCGAGACAGUGCACGGAUAUCAAGAUGAGAGUGACUUUACUACAAGUUUGUGAACGAAUUCCAACGAUAGCCACUCAGCUGAAGAUUCUUUCGACAGUCAAAGCAACAAUGCUUGGCUCGCAAGGUACGCCAUUUUCUCAUUAUCGCAUAACAGUCGGACCAUACGGCCAACCAAUAGACGGAAGUGAAGAAGAUGAAGAGGCAAUGCAGCAACUCGUACUGAACGCCCAGAAUCUAAUGCAAUCUGUCAAAGAUACCGUCCGGGCGGCAGAAGCUGCAUCCAUCAAGAUUCGAACCAACAGUGGUCUUCGUUUACGUUGGAUUCGUAAACCGAUGUGGUCAAAUUUCUGA